AUGACUACGCUUCGUGGGACAGAGGAGUUCUACGGACACCAUUUCCAGUCUCUCUCUGUCCUGACACAAGACGGAGCUGGCGGCAGCGCCUUUCCCGCACCUUGGCAAGGCAGACAAAACCCUUCACGCCCCGAAAGGCACCCUUCACGUCUGCACCCCCUCCCUAGAACAGCAGAAUCAGCCAUUGUGUUAAACUUUCAGACUGAGUUACCUGGCAACACUGAAGUAUGUUUGCAGAGUAAGGUUGACUGGUUAUCUGAAAUGACUGAAGUGAAGAUUUUAACUCAAACUAUGAUGCCCUGUCAACCAAACCAGCAUGAAUCAGAAGCAAAAAAAGGAAGGAUCAAAUACAGCAGGGAUUUCCUUCUGAAACUUUCAAGUGUUUCUCUCUCUCAGAAGAAGCCAGAGUUUCUUCCUGAUCAUCCAAUUGUACUUGAAAAGCCAGAAAAGAGCAAGCCUUUUAUUGACAUGUGCAAGAAGUGACAAGUUGCUUGGAAGAUGAGAAAUCCAUCAAUGAAGGAGCUACAUGUGAUGUAGAUCUUUUAAGAUUUUUGAAGGUACUUGGGUGCCUACAGAUGAAAGUAGAACCCAAUGAAAUUUACGAAAAAGGCCUGUUUCUUCCUGUAAUUGCCUGACUGCGUUAAAAGCCAAACCUUUAAUUUGUAAUGCCUGGGAUGGUAAUAACA